AUGGACUCAGUCCUAUCAAAUUCUCAGGGAGCUCGCUCCCAAUCUCAGAUCCCAUCGGAUCAAAUCACUUCGGAUGUCAGCAGUGCCAAAACUGCAGACACAUCGAAAAACCCGAUCACCUCGCCAACUGGCAGCAGCCAAACUGCUAGUAGAUCGAGCGUCCUGAUCGAUCCGGUUAUCACCUCCGCGGCAGCGAACUCGAAUGUUCCAGCCCGCGUGAAACCAUCGGUGAUCAACCUCGUCACUCCUGUGACAGCCGAGAACUCGAUUCUACCGAAUCAGAUCUCGCACGCAAUUGAGAAACCUCAUUUGCGGAUUCGGGUCAAAUCUAAAGAUUCCCGAUUACCUCGACACCGAUCAGUCGGAAACUCCGACACGAACUGUGUCGUCAUCGUGGAAAAAUAUGAACGAAGUCUUGCUGAGCUACGGACGAUCAUAAGUCCUCCUCCGGGAACUCAUCUUGACUCUUCACCAAUCCACGAACCUAACAGCUCGUCGAAACGGGAUGAGGCACCACCGCGUGCUCCUGUCAUCCAGACUCUCAUCCCACCGAUGACCUCGUUAAAGAGCUCGUCGAAACGGGAUGAGGCACCACCGCGUGCUCUUGUCAUCCAGACUCUCAUCCCACCGAUGACCUCGUUAAACAGCUCGUCGAAACGGGAUGAGGCGCCACUGCGCGCUCAUGUCUUCCAGACUCUCGUCCCACCGAUGAGCUCGCCAAUGAGCAGCUUGAACAUUCCAAAUUCAAGCAAAUCGGAGAUAGGAUCUCAGCCAACAGAGCGACUUCCAUCUCCACCUCCAAAGCUAUCAGGUGUCGAACCAACUAUAUUUAGAUGGCCCGAAACUAUGGCUUCCAACUCAAGCUUGCAGGCGAUGACUCAGCUCAAAAAUCAGUCUACUGAAAUUUUGAGCUCGCAGCCUCCCGCAACAGCUCGAACUGUUGUGAACGGAAACUAUCAACAGUUUCCCGCAACAAAUGAUCUAGUCGAUCGAGCUCAAUUUCAUAGAGCAAACGAUCCGACAGAUCUAGCUCGAUUGACAAAAGCAAACAACUCGUCAAAUCGAGCUCUAUCCCAUCCGAUUCCAGCUAAUCGGAUUCCUGUCGAUCCGCGAAACCUUUUGGACUGCGAAUCUUUCGAAAGAUUCCAGGACCAAACAAACCUCGCAUUCCGGCAAGCGAACUCAACGUUUAACCAAGCAAUGAGUUCGAUUCCGGAUAUCGACAAAGUAAUCAGGGAGACACAACGAACUCCCUUCUCAUCCAGGAUGCUAACCGUCUGCGCGAUACUACAAGCUAUGUAUCCCAGAAUACUCGGUAAUAGCGAUCCACGAGCUUAUAUCCGAGCUCUUUAUCUCGAAAUUCUUCGAGCUCAAUUUUCUCCUGAAGAGAUAGAAGCAGCUUCCUGCCAACUCUUUGCUGAAAACCUAGCCGGACCAGCUAAAAAUUGGUUCGCAACGCUGGAUGAAAAUUCAAUCGAUACUUUCGACCAGCUCCUUUCGGUAUUCAUAAACCAAUAUUCGAUCUUCAUCGAACCAGAAGUUUCUGAAGCCGAUCUCUGGACGCUUUCUCAAGCUCCAAACGAAUCACUUCGAUCUUACGUCAACAGAUUCAAAGCAAUCAUCGCUAAGAUCGAAAACCCUAACGAGGCAGUAGCUCUACUAGCCUUCCGAAACAACCUGUGGUACAAAUCGAAAUUCAGAGAAGAACUAAUCGUUCGACCUCCUGUAUCACUCGAUGAUGCACUUCGCUGCGCGUUAACCUUUGCUACUCUCGAAGAGGAGAUUACUCUCCUCCUAGAAAAAUAUCGCAAAGGAAACUACCACAACAUUCUAUCUCCAUUGCGAGCUCAGUUCUGA